UUUGUUGCCGUUGCAGUUGCAGUAGUUUGGUAUUUGCAGUAGUUUUGCUGUUGUAUGUGUAGUAUUGUUGCAGUUGUACCACUGAUGGGCUGACGCGGACGGGACGGGAAGCGCCUCCUGACCCGGGACUGGAGCGGCGGCGAUGCGGAAGUAGCUGUGCUGCGGGGCGAUGCCGCGCUCGGCGCCUCGCCGGCUCUCGGGCCUCGGGCCGUGGCGGGAGCUGUUGCUGCUGCCCGGGGCUCGGCUGCGACCGCCCGCCGGCGACAUCACCAGCGGCAGCGGCCGCCUCUUCCUCUACCUGUCGCGGGAGCGCCGGCUGCUAGGCCUGGAGCCCGGGCCCCCGCCGACCUCGGCCCCGCCGCUGCCGCCGCUUGACAGGCGCCUGGCACCGGCCCAGCACCUGCUGGAGGUGCUGGAGCUGGUGGAGAGGCCGUGCCAGGAUCAGGACCAGGACCAAGCCCAGGCCCCGGGGCCGGCGCCCACCCUCCUCCUCACGCAGCAGGGCCGCGCCGAGCUGUGGGCGCCGGCGGGCGGCGGCUGGAGGCUGCAGCGGGAGUUGGAGCUGAGCCCCGGACCGCGGGCCCGCCUGCUGUCUGCCGCCUGGGACGGACGCGCCCUCACCUGGUGCGAGGAGAGGCGGUGCGGAGCGGCCCGUCAGCGCUGCGUCUGCAGCCGCCGCCUGGGGCCCGGACUGGAGCUGCCAGCCGCUCGGCUCCUCCUCAACAACUGCCCCGACUGCCGGCUGCUGGCGGCCGGGGGCGUCGUCUACCUAUUGCCCGCCAGCGCGCCCGACAACAGCCUCAUCCCUGGCAACGGCCUAGGCAACUCUCCUAGCAACGGCCUCAUCCCCGGCAACUCUCCUAGCAACGGCCUCAUCCCCGGCAACUCUCCUAGCAACGGCCCCAGCACCUCUCCUGACAACCGCCUCAUCGAUGGCCAAUGCAAUGGUUCCAUCCAUGGCAACCCUCCUAGUAACGACACCGUCCCUGUCAGCGGUUCUGAAGACAUCCUCGUCUCCGGCAAUGGAACCGAUAAAAGACCAGGCCCUUGGAACUGUCCUGACAACAAACCGGGCCCCCGGGACUAUAUUUGCAAUGGCCACGCAUCCAGCGACGGUUCCUAUGGUGACCAGGGCCCCGGCCACACGAGUAACCUGGACAAUUUAAUCCUGGUGUGGAACCCGCAGGAGGACAGCUGGACCAUGACCAGCCUGAGCCACGGACCCCUCUUCACCAAGCGCCUGCUCCCUGCUAACACCGACUUCCAGAAGCUGGUGGCUGGAGCCGCAGGUUUGCUCCCCGGCCUGCCGCCACUGGACCUCCGGGCGGUCAGCGCGAGUCCGGCCGGGAUGCUGGUGGCUGGCGGCGGCGGUGACCUCAGCCUCGUGCGGAGCGAUGGGACGGUGCGCCUCCUCGGCCGGCUGAGCCAGAUACCGCCGGCCCAGGCCUCAAUCCUGCUGCGCUUGAGCGGUACAACCUUGGCCUGCGCCGUGGGCCGGACAGUGCACCUGCUGGACAUGCAGACAGGCAGAGCCACAGAGACGACCCUGGAAUCUGCACCCUUGGCCCUGCUGAGCUGCCAGGACACGGGCGAGCUGCAAGCGCUGACGGAUAACGGCCUCUACGGCCUGUGUUUGGGGACGGUCUCGGAGAACGGGCAAGGCCAGAAAGACAGUGACUACCUGGAGAACCUAGUGCUGGAGGAGGCCUGCGACUACUACCAGAAGCGGAGCCUGAGUCGCAGCCGGCUGACGGUGGAGAGGCUGAAGAGCGAAGCCGCUUUCCGGGCCCCUACCGUCCUCUGCUCUGUCCUGAGGGGCCGGCUGGGCCUCACGGAAGGCUUCGGGGCUGGGCGUGGCUCUGGGGUUGAUUCAGGAUCUGGCUCUAUCUCCGGCCCCGGGCUUGGGCCUGACACCCAGGCCAAGCUCCAACGCUGCCUGUCCGGGGAAGUGGAAAACUACGCUGGGCUGGAGGAAGCCAAACGGCACCUGUCGAGGUCAAGCGAGCCCCAGGCUUCGGCUUGGGUGGAGGAGAUCGCAGGGCAGGAGGUUUCCAGGCUGCUACUACUACCGCCUGACCACUGGGCCAUACUCAACCUGGGCUCCCUCGCCGCCUCCUACCCUGCCGAGACUUGGCGGGCCCUCAGCCGAGCUCUGCAGCUGCAGCCCGCGGCGGAGGACAGGCCCGGGGCCUCGGUCACCGCCACGGCCGAACAGUGGAAGGCCCUGCUCAGUCCCCCGGCUUCGCCCGAACAGUCCGCGGCCUUUGAGCUGGCCUGCGGUCUGAUGUACCGCUUCCGCCCCGCCUGGCUGCCCGGCUUCCUGGAGCAGGCCCAGGGCCUAGCCUCCUACCACGGCCGCCCACUCUACAAGCGUGCCCUGUCCGCCCUGCCCGAGGCCAGCCGCUCGGCCCAGAUGGCCGUGGAGCUGUUGCUGUGCAGCCAGAGGCCCAAGGCGGUGCUGCAGGCAGUGAGGCUGCUGCUGGAGCGAGGCCUAUGGGGCCAGGCCCUUAAGGCCUGCCAGCGCUUCCAGGCCCAUGGGCCCCUGCUCCGUAAGGAACUCUUUGCCACCCUCCUGUCCCAGCUGUGCCACGGCCGGGAGCUCGACCCCUUCCUGCCAGACAUCUGCGGCCUCCUGCCCCCCGAUGCCACCGCCCCCGCCCUCCUCCAGGCCAUGCUGGUCUCCCUGCCUCCUCCCGAGCCCCAGGCCGGCCCCUACGCCAGCUCCGGAGACAUCCUCACCCUCGGCCUCCUACGGCCCCUCCUGGCCCGGGCGUUGGAGCGGGAAGAGGGGAGAUGGGGGCCCGAGGACUGCCAGCAGCCAGGGACCCUGGUCUUCCCCCCGCCCACCCCACCACGGGAGAAGAAGGCGGCGGCAGCGGAGGGGGCCUGCUGAGGGGCCCACGGCCUGGUGCUGACCAGUCAUGGGCAACACCACCCAGAUGUAGGGUAGGGCAGUCACCAUCGCCCAGAUGUGAGGGUAGGGCUGUCACCAUCGCCCAUGUGUGAGGGUGGGGGCCGAUGCUGUCUUCCAGAUGUGCGAGGAGGGGAGUCAAUGUUGCCCAGAUGUGCAAGUUGGUGAUUCUUCCCUCCCCAUGGACUGAAGCCCAUGUGCCUAACUCCCUCCCUACCUUUAGUGGGCCAGAUGUGACGUUGUGGAUAGACUGACAGGGAAACAUGUUCAGCCAGCGAUCGAUGGGAUCUGAAACUCAAUAUCUGGAAGAGCACAAGAGACAGCAAUCCCCACACCCCAGCCCGACACGUAAACCACAACCAGAAACACUGACUGAGCACGCUACGGGUCAGGUGGAAUUCGAUCGCUCAUCAACAUAGACUCGAUGGGAUGAAUGGCCUCCUGGGCUGUGUGGUUGCCUCAGCUUCACUGGACAUUGUGAUGGCGCGUUGUGUUUCUAAGCUGGCCAGCCGAAUUAAAUCACCCGAAUCGUCUUCCAAAGAAGAAAACUGAUCUUUCUCAACUGUGUUGUCUUGUUGUAACAAAGAAAAGCAAAUGCUGGUUUAUGCCAAAGAUAGACACAAAGUGCUGGAGUAACUCAGCGUGUCAGACAGCAUCUCUGGAGAAAAGCGAUGCGUGACUUUUCGUGUCGGGACCCUUCUUCACACUUGUUGAUGCACUUUCGCUAAGAUUGUAUCAAUGUGGGGAUAAGGCAAGACCUCGACGCCCGACCCAGUCUCCAGAGACCUCGCCUGGACCAGCGUUUGGCUCUGUAGAGCUGGUGACCACAGCACUGCCCGUUCCUUUGCUAUGUGCUGGCAGCAGGCACGCUUUGGAUACCCUCGCUCUGCUGUCGAUCUCAGGAGAGGCGACAUUAAGGACCAUCUGGCAUGAUGUAGACUCUGUCCAGUUGCCCUGAAGCAAGAAGAACUUUGUGAGACCACCAGUCCAAUCCCACCAUAGCUGUACGUUCAUCCCAGGAAGAGCUACUCUUGACUACUGUGAAAUUAUUUAACUGCUGAUUUCCUCCCUUGACUGCAUUUAUAACCGCUGUACUCUGGUGAUAAGCUCUUUGCAAUGGCAACUGGUUAGAUAAAUGCCAAACUUGUAUUAACUUAAUUGUUGAGUAAGAACAACCAACAGCAUCACAGGGCCGGGACCAUCUCAUAAUAUCAAUUGCACAGAUAAUAAUUGUCCAACUAAUUAGAGCCCUAACUGCACUUCGUAGGAGAGGGGAAUGAGAUGAGACAUGGUUGAUUUUAAAAAUUGUUUAUAAAACUCAUGUGAAAUUACCCUGUCACCAAGACGAGGUACUUGCAACCUCUCACGUCCACAUGUUCGUGUACCGAGUUGAAGUUGUUCCUGGUCUCUCCUAGAGGAAUUUCCCAUCUUUUCUCAAAAGAUCAAACUCUAGAUGAACUCAGCGGGUCAGGCAGCAUCCAUGGGGAGUAGUAGACAGGUGAUGUUUCAGAUCGGGAGCGCUACACAAAAUGCUGGAUUUACUCCGCAGGUCGGGCAGCAUCUCCCGAGGGA